AAAGGGGAAAAUAUUCCACCCUCAAGAAAACAAUCUCAAGAAACAGAACCAGAGGAUAAUUGGAGGAAAGACUGCCAGCCAGGGGUAGAUGUAUAUAUAGGAGGCACAUACUUGUAAACAGAUUAAUUCUACCUUUCUGGCUUCAGGACUCCAGGCAUCAGAGACUGGGAGGAAAACCCAGGGGGUCAACCUGUCCUUGUUUUUGGGCAGGUCUUCCCCAGAUCAGAAGUAGCUGUGAAGAGCAGAAGGAAUGGGGCGGCUUUCUUCUCUGACCCUGAUGCGGAUGGUAGUGGUGGUAACCUCUUGGGUCAUAACAGCUGUCACCAUUGAAACCUCAGAAGCAAUAAGCUGCUCUGAAUGUCACAGCAAUGCCACCUGCCUGGAGGAAGGGGUUGCCACAACCUGCUCCUGCCAGGUGGGUUUCACCGGCGACGGCCUUAUGUGCGUGGACCUGGACGAAUGUGCCAUUUCUGGGGCACACAACUGCUCCGAGGACAGCAUCUGUGUGAACAUGCUGGGCUCCUACUUGUGCACCUGCCCUGACGGCUUCCGCCUGAUGCCUGGGCUGGGUUGCACCGACGUGGACGAGUGUGCUGAGCCGGGACUCAGCCGCUGCCACGCCCUGGCCACCUGCAUCAACCACAAAGGCAACUACUCAUGCGUGUGCCCCGCUGGCUACUGGGGUGAUGGGUGGCACUGUGAGUGUUCCCCAGGCUCCUGCGGGCCAGGACUGGACUGCGUGCCUGAGGGCGACACGCUUGUGUGCGUGGACCCAUGCCAGGUGCACCACAUCCUGGAUGAGUACUGGCGCAGCUCUGAGUAUGGGGCAGGCUACACCUGUGACUCAGGCCUGAGCGGCUGGUACCGCUUUGUGGGGCAGGGCGGUGUGCGCCUGGCCGAGACCUGCGUGCCGGUCCUGAGCUGCAAUACAGCUGCGCCCAUGUGGCUCAACGGCACACACCCGUCCAGUGAUGAGGGCAUCGUGAGCCGCACAGCCUGCGCCCACUGGAGGGGCCACUGCUGCCUGUGGGAUGCACCUGUCCAAGUGAAGGCCUGUGCUGGCUACUACGUCUACAACCUGACCGCGCCCCCCGAGUGCUAUCUGGCCUACUGCACAGACCCCAGCUCUGUGUUGGGGACGUGUGAGGAGUGCAGUAUAGACGAGGACUGCAAAACGGAUGAUGGCACAUGGAGCUGCCAGUGCAAACAGGACUUCAACAUCACUGAUCUCUCCCACCUGGAGCGCAGGCUGGAGUGUGGGGCCAAUGACAUCAAGGUGUCCCUGAGCAAGUGCCAGCUGAAGAGCCUGGGCUUUGAGAAAGUUUUCAUGUACCUGCAUGACAGCCAGUGCUCAGGCUUCAUUGAGAGGGGAGACCGGGACUGGAUAUCUGUGGUGACCCCAGCCAGGGAUGGCCCCUGUGGGACAGUGAUGACGAGGAAUGAAACCCAUGCCACGUACAGCAACACCCUCUACCUGGCAGAUGAGAUCGUCAUCCGUGACCUCAACAUCAAAAUCAACUUUGCGUGCUCCUACCCUCUGGACAUGAAAGUCAGCUUGAAGACCUCCCUGCAGCCAAUGGUCAGCACCCUAAACAUCAGCGUGGGUGGGACAGGCAUGUUCACCGUGCGGAUGGCACUCUUCCAGAGCCCUGCCUACACACAGCCCUACCAAGGCUCCUCCGUGACCCUGGCCACAGAGGCCUUUCUUUACGUGGGCACCAUGCUGGAUGGGGGUGACUUGUCCCGGUUUGCACUGCUGAUGACCAACUGCUAUGCCACACCCAGCGGCAAUGCCACAGACCCCUUGAGGUACUUCAUCAUCCAGGACAGGUACUUUAUGUGUUUAAAACAUUAUUUUUGAGGAGGGAUGCAUGGGCUUUACCAGAAGGCUGGAGGUGUCCAGGACGCAAGAAAAGGUUAAGAAACCUGACUGAAAGGUGCACCCACCCAAGGCAGGAAACAAGCAAGCAGGACUUGGCUGGGAGGAGUGCACUGGAGACAGUUAAUCAAGGGCCAGUUGUAAAAGGGAGGACACAGAAGUGCUGCUUUUUACUCCAGAGGCAUUGGAGAACCAUGGGCCACACUGUGAGAAAGUAAUUCACACUGUCAUUCAAAAUGGAACAGAUGUUUCUGGAAGCUUACUGUGUACCAGGCUCUGUGGAUAACACAGUGCAUAGAACAGACAAACCUCUAUGCCCUCAUACAGCUGAUAUUCCAAGGGGUGGGGGGAGACCAAUAAUUAACCAAGAUGAAAUCCAUAGCAUGUCAGUGGUAAUGGAGCUACAGGAAAAACCCAAAGCAGGAAAAGGGGAGAGGCAUUUGCAAUUUUAGUAGCACAGUCAGGAAGACAGUGACCUAUUCCUGAUUCAGUUCUUAGAAUGUGUCUAAUUACAUCAAGGGAAAAGUCUCAGUUGGGUGCUCAUCUGACAUUUACACUUCUCUGUUAUUUGCUAAUCCCCUUUGCAGCAGAAAGAAAGCAGAAGUCUGUUUUAGGGCCUUUAGCUGUGACAGUAGCUAACUAAAAUUUAAUAGCACUGUUUUACUUUGUAUUUAUCUGUAAAUGGUCAUGUUUUGCUUAUGGCAAGCGAUACUGGUUUGCCAUUUGUGGUCAGGAUCUGAAGAUUCUUCUGAAAAAACUGAUGUAUUCCAAUAAAAAUUUACAUGUAUUUGAUGAAAAUAGUAAGUAGAUAAUAAUACAGAUGUUGGGAAACACAGGAAAGCAUACAUGAAGGUGGUUUCUAGGUAAGGCAAAAAAAAAUUGGGAAAGGGUUGGCAUGAUCUUGAUUGGGCCAUCAUGGAGACUUGGGUUCACAUCUUGGCUUUGCUGUUUCUUUGUCCAGAGACACAAGCCAUCUCAUCUGUCUGACUAUUCAUGUUCUCAUAUAUGAAAUGAGCAUAUGUGCAGUUGAAUAUGUACGCUGUGGAACGCUUGGAAAGUUUUGAAAAAGAUGCAGGAAGAAAU